AUGAAUCCAGCAGCCAAGUUAGCAGGUCGUAACAAUGUACGUUUACCACCAGAAGUAAACAGAGUCUUGUUCGUGAGAAAUUUACCGUUUAAAAUCACAACUGAGGAAAUAUACGAAGUGUUUGGAAAAUACGGGCCUAUUAGACAAAUUCGAGUUGGAAAUGCAUCAGAUACUCGCGGUACAGCAUUCGUAGUCUACGAGGACAUCUUUGACGCAAAAAACGCUUGUGAACAUUUACAAGGCUUCAAUAUCCUCGGCCGUUAUUUGAUUGUGCUCUAUUACCAACAAAACAAGGUGACCAAGAAGAUGAACUUGCAAAAGAAGGAAGAGGAGAUCAGAGAGAUGAAAGCACGUUAUGGUGUCGAUGACGAGUAA